AAUUGCAAAAACAUUGAAUGGAUACUGUGCAAAAACAUUGGACUUAUGUAAUAUCAAAAUUUAUGUUAAAAAAAAUGUAAAGUCAUUUCUAUUUCCGUAUUCUAAUGACUAAUUAAUUUGUAAAAAAGAGAAUCAUUGAAUUUUAUUUUUUCAAUUUCUCUCCAUUCUAAAUAAAAAUUUAAAAAACUGAGAGACUUGAAAUUAAAAAAUAAAGGAGAAAACCAAAGGAGAAAUACCCUUGUGUAUCAAGUUUUUUUAAAAAAAAAGGUUCCAAUAAUGAUAAAUAGAAUAGAAUUUUCAUAUUUCGUCAUCGCAAACGAUUGUAGAAGAAGAAAAAGAAGAUAAAGAAGGGAUGGAACGCGACACCAAAGUAUGCGUUACAGGAGGUUCCGGUUAUCUUGGUUCCUGGCUUGUUAAGAAGCUGCUAGAGAAAGGCUAUAUCGUCCAUGCAACUUUGAGAAAUUUGGAAGACACUUCCAAAACAGGUCUUCUGAAGUCUUUACCUAAAGCAAACACAAACUUGUUCCUAUUUCAAGCUGAUCUUUACAAGCCCAUUGAGUUUGAGAAAGCAAUUCAUGGCUGUCAAUUCGUCUUCCAUGUUGCUACUCCUUUGUUUCAUGACCCCAACAAAACCUCUGGGAACAAAGACAAGGUUGAAGCAGCGGUGGCCGGAGAUAAAAGCAUAGUUGAAACUUGCAUUAGAUCAAAAAGCGUUAAGCGUCUUAUCUAUACUGCAUCUGUUCUGGCAGCUUCGCCAUUGAAUGAAGAUGGGAUUACAUUCAGAUCUUGCAUGGAUGAAUCCUGCUGGACCCCUCUUCAUCUCUCCUUUCCUUUUGGCAGCCAAUGGUUAAUGGAUUAUGUCGAAGGAAAAACGCUGGCAGAGAAAGAGGUUCUGAGCUACAACGAAAGAGAUGAUGAUAGUAAAAUGGAAGUGGUAACUCUUGUUUGUGGUCUAGUUGGGGGAGAAACUAUAUUAUCCCAUGUCCCUAGAAGUGUGGAAGCAAUUUAUUCACAAGUUAAAGGCAGUUUAGAGAAUUAUAAUGCGUUAAGAUUCCUGGAACAAGUAAUCGGUUUAAUUCCUAUUUUGCAUGUGGAUGAUGUUUGUGAAGCGCAUAUUUUUUGCAUGGAAAAAUCAUCAAUGGAAGGUCGAUUCAUCUGUUCAGCUACCAAAACAACCAGCAGGGAAAUUGCAAAUUAUUUCUCAGAAAAUUACCCAGAAAUCAAGAUAGAUGAGGAGUUCAUGGGAGAAUCAGAGAGAGAAAUCAUAUUGGAUACUUCAAAGUUGACAGAAAUGGGCUUCGUGUACAAAUAUGAUUUAGAGAAGAUUUUGGAUGAGAGCUUGAAAUUUGGAAGGCGAGUGGGAGAUCUCUAGUUAAUACUAAUUUUGUAAUAAUUGUUACUCAUUUACUGGCUUUUUUUUUUAUUGUUAUCCGUAUGGCUUGUUUUCAAUAAAUCAUAAAUGGCUAAAACUAUUUGGUGAAAAAUUGAAAUUGUGAGGUUCAAGAAGAUGCCUAUCAUUUAUGUUCA